AGCAAGUCACCGUAAAACGCAGGUGACGUGAGCGGGCGGGUAAACUGGUUCGAAUUGCAUAUCAUAUAUGGAACUAUAAUUUUAAAAAGUUGAAAACCCUCUGUUCUAGUCAGUCGCCGGAAAUUUGGAACCGAUCGGCACAACGCACGGCAAUGACCAAGACGAAGGGUCGGAGUAGCCCUAGUCCCAGGAAAUCAAAGUUUGCUGCCUUCGAAUUCACGGCAGAAGACGAACGAGUCGAAAAGGAUUCGAUGAUCACACUCUGCAAAUUUAAGAAAAGGAAAAGCCCACAAAAACAUUCCCCUAUCAACAAAUACACUUUCCUGAAGUCCUUUGCAAGAGGAGUCAAAAAUAUAGUAUAUGAGUUUGUGGAUGGACUUGUUGAUACUGGUUCUAGUGAUGGGCCUAUGGAUGUGGGGAUCAUCAAGUCCCAUACCGUUGCUUCAUCUGGUUCUUCUGGCUGCAAGCCUUCAGAGCACAAUCAUGGUUCAGAGUUUUCCUCUCCCAGUUCAGCAAGAAUUUCAGGCAUUGUGACUGAUGACAAGCAUGUGUGCUCACGUCCUCCUCUAAUCCCAGCUGAUAAUGAGCCAGUUGUUGUAGAUUCAGAUGAUGACCCUGUGAUUGAACUGAGAUCGCCAAAAUCUCCAUCCAUUGCUCAGCUUCAGGGUUUACCAGAUGAACAUGCAUUGAAGUACAGCUCCAACGUACAUGAUACUGAAACUUUGGUGAUUGUUAUCCCUGAUCAUAUCAUAUACAGGCAUUUUUUUUCCACACAUUCCUGUUUGUCAUUUUCUCCCAAAUGCAUAACGCUUGAGGCUUUUCCUAUUUCUGAGACAAUGCCUUUGACAUUUAAGUGGAAGGUUUCUGCUAUUGUUGACAUUCGGUCUGUGUGGAUUGAUAGCGUAAAAACAGCUAAUGUCAUAGUUCGCCUGAUAUCAAGGACGCCGAGAAGUAGAGCUGUUAGGAUCUUGAGCUUUGCUGUUUGUGAUCCUGAUUGGUCUGACAGACAAGAAGCAAUUCAAUCACUAGACUUCAGAUAUAAGGACAGAUGGAGAACUGCUGAGGUAGAUACCGUGGGGAGUGAACUAUUUUUUGGGCAGGAAAGGUUUUCUCCUUCAAGCACUUCUUUUCCCAUUUUUGAAGAAUCCUUUAAUGAAGUUAUUUAUCCUAAAGGGGAUCCUGAUGCUAUUUCCAUCAGUAAGAGAGAUGUUGAUCGACUUCAGCCAGAGACAUUCAUCAAUGAUACUAUUGUUGAUUUUUACAUAACAUAUCUUAAAAAUAAUAUCCGUUCAGAGGAGAAGCACAGGUUUCAUUUCUUCAAUUGUUUUUUCUUUCGGAAGCUGACUGACCUAGAUAAAGAUCCAUCUCAAGCUUGUGAAGGGAGGGCAGCUUUUCAGCGCGUUCGCAGAUGGACAAUCAAAGUUGAUAUUUUUAAAAAAGAUUACAUUUUUGUUCCAAUAAACUUUAGUUAUCACUGGAGUUUGAUUGUCAUCUGUCACCCUGGGGAAGUGGCUGGCUAUAGAGAUAAUGAAAUGGAGAAGUCAUCCAGGGUCCCAUGCAUCUUGCACAUGGAUUCUCUUAGAGGAAGCCACAAGGGUCUCAAGGAUCUCUUUCAAAGUUACUUGUGGGAAGAGUGGAAAGAGAGGCAUGGUGAGCUGGCUGAAGACAUGCAUAGGAAGUUCAGAAAUCUGCAGUUUGUCCAUCUCAAGCUACCACAGCAGGAGAAUUUGUUUGAUUGUGGCCUUUUUUUACUCCACUAUGUUGAACUUUUUCUGGAGCAGGCUCCAGUCAACUUCAGCCCUGCCGGUAUAACAGAAUCAUCCAAAUUUCUAAGCAAGGACUGGUUCCAGCCUAAAGAUGUCUCUUAUAAGCGUGAUCAUAUCAGAAAGUUGAUAUAUGAAAUUCUCAAACAUACUCAGGAUGAUUGUUCAACUGAUUCUGAUUACAAGCAUUCCUCGAAUAGUAUAAAUAAGGAACAUGCAGGUGUGGAAUUCGUCAAUGAAUUGUGCAGUUCUAGGGAAACAAGCCAAAUCAAUGACUAUCACUCUCCUGCUGAUGCUGAUGUUCAAAUUUUGUCUCCACCACGAACCCAUGUUAAAAGCUUGAAAUUUGCAGGAGUAACAGAUUUGGUUCCUGGAGUUGUGUCACCGCAAGGUGAUACUCCAAAGCCUGGCCCCAUUAACAAUUACAUGCAUUCUGGACAGAAGUUGACAAGUCGUGGUAGUAUAACUAUGUCACCAAUAGAGGAAGAUGAGGAGACGGGGGAAGAGUUUAUGGACUUCUCACCAGUUCUAAAAAGGGGAAGAAGACAGCAGAUUGAGCAUUUUGUAUUAUGCCCUGUAAAUGAGGACAUCAAGCCGUCCUUUGGAAUGAAAACCGGUGGUCUGUCAAUGCCAUCACAGGUUUGCCCUGGAGAAGAAGUUAAUGUCGAGUCAUCAUCAAGUUCAGAUGAGGAAUCCGUGGACUGCAUUGUUGUAGAUUCUCAGGGCGAGAUUGACACCUGUGAUGAUAUCCAUGAUACAUCAGAGUGCUCUUUCCGCCAAAAGACGAUUACUUGUCUCCACCGCAGCCUAGAGGCCGACUCCACUGAGCAUGAAGCAAAUCGUAUUCAGUCAUAUAUGCAAGAAGAAGAGCAAGCCAGGCCGAAGCAUUUGCCUGAAAUAAUUGAGGUUUCCGGCUCUGACACAGAAGACAAGGACGAGUGUCUCGUGACAUCUACUGCAGAAUCUGCUGCCUUUAUCGUGGAAGACUCUGAGGAGGAUGAAGAUAAUGUUGAAGGAAGCAUGAACCACCGCGUGCAGCCACUACUGCGAAGCAAACCUAGGUGGAAAACUGAUAUGGAUGAUGAAUGUGGAUUGAUAGCUAAGUUGAAGAUGGUUGAAUCAUAAUAUAUCUGUGUCUAUGAGUAAUUCAUGUUUUUUUUUUGGUGGGAAUGAGUAAUUCAUGUUACUCGCACUCAAAUAUGAUCUUAUUGUCAAUAUAUAGACUAUAGAGUACCACAUACUGGAAAGAUGUCCAGCUUCUAUGCUUAUUAGUAAAUUUUUGUGCAAAUUAGUAUUUGUUCUUAACUACAUUCUCAA